GCGCCUCGGCACCGAUCGCCACCACCCGCAGGACAAUCGCUGUCAUCUCCUCUCAGCGAUCGCCAACUGGAUCGUCCGGCACCAUUCAGCAAGCCAUGAACAGACCAGCGGAGAACAUCAGUGUGGGCUCUUGUGUCUUCCAAUUCAAAGUAGACUAUGAACGAAGCAAGCAGAUUCCCGUUGGCAUGGCCUUCUAUUCCGACAUCGUCUCCGCCGGGGGACACCUGUGGAGGGUUAAGUUCUUCCCGCGUGGGGAGUUAGAGGCCGACCAGGAGUAUGUUUCGAUCUUCCUGGAGCACAUGAGCAAGUCUAGAAGUGUGGAGGUCAUGUUUGAGGUCUUUAUGAUGGGCAGGGACAGCAAGCCAUGUAUGGCGCACAGACGAAGGUUCGUUCAAACCUUGGAAAUCAUGGAAGAUAAAGACAGCAGCGACUGCUGGGGAUGGGGUCAGUUCAUCCAGGGAACUAUUUUGGAGAAAGGUUACUUAACAGAGGGGCAUGUCACAUUUGUAUUUUCCAUCAUGACCAUCGAUGACAACUGUGUUCUUGUCCCUCCUUCAGACAUCGGGACCCAUCUUGGCCGCCUGCUAGAUCACGCUGAUGGGACAGAUGUGUCAUUCAUCGUUGACCAUGAGACAUUCCAUGCUCACCGAGCAGUGCUUGCUGCCCGCUCACCAGUCUUUAGAGCAGAGCCCAUGUCUGAAGCUACAAUGCCAUCCAUCACGCUGCACGACAUCACACCUGCAACAUUCAAAGUUAUGCUCCGGUUCAUAUACACAGAUGAAUUGCCCCUAGAAGACGAGCUUGAGGACUCUUCCACCGAGAUGUUCCAGAACCUGCUUGCUGCGGCCGAUCGGUAUGCACUGGACAGACUGAAGAUUGUUUGCGCCCAGAAGUUAUGGGAUAAAGUGUCGGUAGAUACAGUUGCAACUAUCUUAGCUUGGGCUGAAAGCUACAAUUGCCAGGAGUUGAAGAACAGGUGCAUUGACUUCUUUGUGGCGGAGUAAAAUUUCAAGAAGGCCAUCUUCACCGAUGGUUAUGCGUUGCUGGUUCUGAAAUUCCCAGAGAUCAUUGCUGAGAUGAAAAAGAGGGUUUAGGAGAUGAUACAGUGAGAUAUAUCUCCAUGUAUAUAGUUCAGGUGUUCAAGCGAUAGUACUAGAUGUGUUUGGGAACGUGGUGAGUGGUAUGUGGCAUCUUAUCAAGCGUACUGGGGCGUAUUGAAUAUGUUUCAUGAGCUGGGAGCCUGAUAUUGCUGAAUCUUCUUGUUAGCAGUAUUGGGCAUAGUUGCUACUGAGUACUAAUGGCGGAGUGGUGGAUGUUCAUCAGAUAUCAGAUACUCGUGCUGAAUGAGCAGCUUUUCC